AUGUCCGAAGAAACACCUGAGGUUGGUGAGAACCCUGUUUUAGAACGAAGAGACUCAACGUGGGCUGAAUGGAUUGCAUCACCCGUUAAUGGUCUGAUAGGACAUAAAAUUGACCAUGGAGUAGGCGAGGGGUCUUUUGGAGGGAAACCCGCUGCGGCAAGUUCGUGGUUUCAAAAUGUACGAGAACGUAUGCCAUCCUUACCUUUUCUCGACGAAGAAGUACCUGUCGAUUUGAAUAAUUUAGCAGACUACAGCAAGCUCAGCAGUAAGCAAAUUCAAUUAUUAGAAGUGGAAGCGCAGCAAGGUAUAGUUAAAAAGGCAGACACCUGGUGUUGGUUCGAAGACUUCUCUGAGACAGCUAAAGUUGAUUUAAAUGGCACAAAUUCGGGGCAGCUGAGCGUUGCUAAUACGGGUUCUGCUAUGUGUCCUUUGCCACUAGUAAAGUUUCCUAUCUCUAGAGAGUUGCGCUCUCGAUUUUAUGUCGAAAACUCACUUCUAUUGCCCAAUACUUUACCGCAUGAACAGUUCCACGAAAGGACUAUUGUCAACAAAAUAUCUAUCGCUUUCAAGCAGUAUUACAAUUUCAACAGUGAGCGUCAUCUUUAUUUAGGCCAAAGUUCUCUAGACAGCAGACUGGAGGGCAGAAAAGCGAUAAUAAUUUCAUUCGUUGGCGGCCUACCAGACAAAUAUGAGAAAGCAACCCUGGGGAAGCAGUUUUCUGCUAAACAGCUGUCAACUAAACUUGGAUCAGUGUUAAAGGACCAUCCAAUGAGCAGUGUCUUAACGUUUUCACUUGAAUCGCCACUUGAUCAAAAACCAUUAGAAGUUUGCUUCGAGGAGUCUAUCCAGCUUCUAAACAAUUGGCGCUCACGCUUUUUUGGCGCUGAUACUCUACUCUUCACUGGAGUAUACCAUAGUGUACCACUGCAAAUUAUGGUAGCUAAGCACAUGCUAGAGCACAGGAUUAAUUACGGUCUUCCUAUAAGCCCCACAGUUGGGCUGUUAAGUAUUGAAUCAUGCUUAGGCGGCUACCAAUUUUGGGACCACAGCUCAGACUCAAAUGCAGAUGCAAACUCGAUAAACUAUCAGACGAUAAGAGAGAAAUCAUUGUUACAGGGAAGUUCUAAGAUCCAGCAAGACCUACUAUCUCAACUAACACAAUAUAGAGACCCAAGCUCUUCAAAGUCUAAACAAAUUCAAUGUGCUCUUGAUUGGAUCUUUUUUCAUCACGCAAGCAGCAAAUUGGUGUUGAUAGGUCGUCUUUACGAUAGCUUCAUGACUAUAGCUGAAAAGCUAGCCGUCAAUUAUCAACAUCCCAAUAUUCUAAGACAUGUUUGGUGCGCGGGCUCUAGUUUGGGGCUGGACCUCAAAAAGAGCGCCCACUUUUUGCUCACUAAUAAAGAGCUUAACACAGAGCCUUUGUUGUACCAAGAAAGGUUAAAAAUCCCGGAGGAAAGAGCGUUUGAAAUAUGUCUUGUACAAAACCUUGUUAUGGCUAUAAACUUAGGCUAUUCUGAACUGGUCCCUAUGCUAAAAAUGAUUAGUCCUUUUUUUAUUUCCCGCUCCUUCAAUCGACACACAGUUCCUGCAACUUUGAAGAAGCAGCAGCAAUACGAACUAAAAGUGUGGUUACAAGAAAUGGAUCUACGGUGGAAAAGUGUCAGUCCAUCCAAAAAUGGCAUGGUGCCCGCUGAGAUCAAUGGGGUCAAUGAGCUUUUGGAAUACGUAUUCUACAAAGCUAAUAAGCAAUCACUGGAUCACUUUAGCAUCAAAGGUGGAAUUUUCGAAGAUUGCCAAAUCUAUCAUGCAUUUGUUUGCGAUACUGUGCAAACGACUUCCCUUCUUGAACCCCGUAAGAUUGAUCUUUCUACUAAAUCCAUCACUCCAGCCAACAUUUUGGACAACCAGAACCAGUAUGAUUUAGUGUGGCAGCUUCAUGACUUUCUUUCUCACUUUGCGAAACUACAAAACUUACCAGAAGUGCCGAAGCCCACGCUCCUUUUCUUCCUAGCUGACCAUCCUUUCGCUUCAUCUUUUCCCGAACCGGAACAUGUGCGCUUCCGCCGCAACAACAAAGAAGCAUUGCAGCGAAUCGAAAUAAUGUGGCAAUCUUACCACGAAUGGAAGCCGCCUACGAAGGGUCUCAAGCAAUUACAACGCAUCUUGAGUUUUCUAUCGCUCUAUCCCAAUGGUAACCUUUUGCAAGUUGAUCUCAAUCGUAUCAAGUGCUGA